CCAGCGCUGCAGCCUUGUUGCACUGGUCGCAACGAGUAGUGGCUCAACGCCGGCUUGUGCCCUAGCUCAGGUAGAGGUGUGCCGGGUCCUGCGGCAGCCGUCGUCGUUGUGGCCACCACUGCACGCUAUACAUCACUCGUGAUGGAGGCCCGCGCCGCGCAGUGGUUGGAUGACCCGCCUUACGAUACAGCCUUGAUUUCCGCGGUGCCGAUCGAGCGCUGCCACGUAAUGGCAGAAAUCUUCGCUGCGUGUAAGGACGGCAACGUCUUCGCGGUGCGGGAUUGGCUCGAGGAGGCGUACGACCGAGACAUGGGACUCACGAUGGCCUUGUCGUUGAACCCGCUACAUCGUGUUGACCCCGACCCAUUCACAACCACGCCUCUGCACGUCGCGUGUUACCAGGGUCACGUGGACGUCGUCCGAUUGCUCCUCAGCCGCCUUGUCGCCGACGACCCUCAUCUAGACCGAGUGGGCGGCCUCGCGAUCAAGGGUUCCACGCUGCUCCAUGCCGCUUGCACACGGAACGGUCCUGAACGCACUGACGGCAAAAUUGCGGUGGUGAGGCUGCUGAUGGAGUUUCUUGGUCACGUCGCGACGGGCACGGGUUGGGUAGAACUUCUCCCACUCUCGGCGACACCCGACCGCGCCAAGGAGGCUGCCGAGUUUCGGGGCGCGGGCGAGCCGCAGACACCGCUGGAGAUCGCGUGCGCGAGUGGCUACGCCGAGAUUGUGCGAGCUCUCAUCGCAGGCGGCGCCGACGCCGACGCGGUGAAUAAUGAGUGCAUGGGCGUGACACCGCUGAUGCUGGCGUGCCGGUCGGACGAGCGGGGCGCGCUCGCGGUAGUCAAGCUCCUCCUCGAACUUGGCGCCGAUCUUACCCGGACGGGGGGAGUCGAUGGCAACACGCCCUUGCACUUUGCAUGCCGUUCCCUGAGAGCGUCGAGUUGCGAACGCUCCGAGGUCGCACGCUUACUAUUGGCGCGGGGCGCUGCGUUUGACCUGGAAAACACGAAGGGCAAUACUGCGUUAAGCUAUGGGUCAAGGAGACUCUUCGACGACGAGAUGCGCCUCGCGCUCUGGCGCCGCCUCAAGCUCUACGCCUUCGGGAGACCCUCCAAGUAUACGCAGUCGGCGUUGCACCGCGUCGCGGGCCUGCCCGAGCUCUCGCACCACAUUGGUUCGUUCUUGGUUCUCCGCUCCGUGGAUCUCAUGCUUUCGAACCGCGAGCGUGCCGCCGUCCUCCGCGCCAUCGCCGAGAUCGACGGCAAGGCCACGCAGAAGACGAUCCGCCGGAAUGCCGAGGCAAUCCUUGGCAUGACCAGCGGCGGCCUCGACGCCAAAAAGGUGGGGGUCAGGCACAUCUGCUUCAAGGAGGUCUGGAAGUUGGGGCUAGAGGGCGUUGGCCCUGCUGCGUAA